AUGACGUCGGAUAUUGAAUCUGAAGCAUUCGAAAUGGGUCAACGAAAACGUAUUGCUUUAGUUGCACAUGAUAAUAAAAAAGGUGAAUUACUUGAAUGGGUUAAACGAAAUCGAGAUCAAUUACUUAAACAUGAACUUCAUGCAACUGGUACAACAGGAUCUUUAAUUGGAUCAAUAUUAGGUAUUCCAAUAAUUAGAUAUAAAUCAGGUCCAUUAGGUGGUGAUCAACAACUUGGAGCUAAAAUAGCUGAACAAUGUAUUGAUAUGCUUAUUUUUCUUGCUGAUCCACUUGAGGCUCAACCACAUGAUUCUGAUGUUCGAGCAUUAACACGUUUAGCAAGUGUCUGGAAUAUUCCAAUGGCAUGUAACUUAUCAACGGCUGAUUUUCUUCUUACAUCUCCAUAUAUGACUGGUACAUAUACACGUAUUGUGCCGACAUUUGAUCGUUAUUUAAAACGUGAUAUUAAUACUAAUAUAAAGUAUUAA